UAGAUCCAGUGUGCAUUGGGAACAAUCAUGUGUUUCUUUCGUUGAACUACUAAGAACAGAAAAGAUGUCAGACAAAUUCGAAGCAUUAGAACAGCUUUUAGAGCUAUUCAUUGAAAACACAAGACAAAUGGGCAUCAUUGUCAGUGAUUUUCAGCCACAAGGACAAAACGUUCUCAACCAAAAAAUUCAGACAAUGGUGACUGAAAUGCAAGAAGUGGACAAGUUUCGCUCACAGAUGCAAGACAUUCAAGUACCACUGGAGGUGUUUGACUACAUUGACCAGGGCAAGAAUCCAAACCUGUACACCAAGGACUGUCUAGAGAAGGCUCUCGCCAAGAACGAGCUGGUCAAGGGAAAGAUGGAUAACCUGAAAAGGUUCAAAGCACUGUUGAUUGUGGAGCUGAAUAAAGUAUUUCCAAACGAGAUGAACAUGUACAGAGCUGUGAAAGGCGACGACCGGCCAACGUGACCACCAACCAAUGUGAACGGGACUGGACAACAAAACCACGGGUUCAUAAACUGAAGAUUUAUGUUCACAGCAACAGCUUGGACAUUAUCAGAGGCUAGGAAAGAGAGACUCAGUGUGUAUAUCACAUUUGAACGGCAUCCCAAUAGAGAUGUAUUAGACAUGAGAGUACGAAUGGAGCUUAGUUGUGGAGUUCUUCAAGAUGUGCAAUGGGUGGUAGAGCCAAUCACUUUCAUAACAAAAACUGUGGUAUGUGCUGUCGUUUCUACUGGAAGUGUGUAAGAAGCACAUAGUUAGCUAUGUGCUAUUCGAGUUCAUGUCACUAGUAAUUGUUUUUCUGUGUAUGAUGCAAGUGACAGGACUAUAACGUGUGUUCAGUGUAGCAUAUUGGCCCACCCACAGGGAUCAAUCCUAAACUGACAAAUUUGUUAAGAAAUGUAUCACCAAAUUAAAGUUUUUCAUUUAGGCAAAUAGCAAAAAUGUCGGUACAUCGAUAAAACGACAGACGAUUUUUAAUUAACCUCUCAGCGAUUUAGCAAUGAAAUAAAUUCUGUUAUAAUUUACUAACAGCAGGCAUGUAAAAGAUGUCCUGUUAACAAAAGACAUGGCCGCCUGGAAAUAGGACAGCACAGAAUGAGGACAUCUGAGAUGUGUUUUAGUGUUGUGAAAUUAAAAUACAACACAAUUACAUGCUAAAUAGCCCGUGCUUAUAAAACGUUUUAGAGUCCAGAUGACAUCAAAUGACAUCACAAUUGACUGGUUUUGCAGGCUGGUAUUUUGAGCCCUGAUGCUGAACCCAGCUUACACUAUAGUCUGUCAGGAGCAAUUGCUAAUUCAUUAACAUCUGUCCUGGACAGACAGAUCAGUUGACAAAAUAUGAUUAGAAGACACUUGAGCAACUCCGAUGCACUGCGGAUUCCAUGUACCCUACACUCUGGAGAUGGCUCAACUGACAGCAAGUAUGGACCACAGCCCUGUCAAGUAGUCCCAUAGAUACCAUGGAUUCAUCUCAUUCUCUCUGUGUUUAUGUCUCUUGUUAAAUGUUUGUGAUAUUUUUUAAUCAAAGGAACAAAAUUGCAUUGUAUUCCAUUAAAAUGGCAUUCAAAACCUCGAAAUAAAAGUGCCUGACAAUGUCAAUCUAUUCACAUAAAUAAAUUCAUUAAAAUUG